AUGAUCAUUACGGGUGAUGAUUGUGAUGGAAUAGAAUCUUUAAAGUAUGACCUCUCUCGUUGGUUUUCUAUGAAAGACUUGCGCAUGAUGCACUACUUUCCUGGUAUUGAGGUCGCUUAUUCUCCAAAAGGUUAUCUCUUAUCUCAGUCAAAUUAUAUAGCUGAUUUGUUUGAUCGUGCACAUUUCACUGAAAACAAGAUUGUUGAUACUCCUCUUGAGCCCAGUGCCCGAUAUUCUUCGUCGGAUGGUGUUACUUUGUCGGAUUCCAGUUUGUAUCGUACUAUUGUUGGUAGGUUGGUCUAUCUAAUUGUGACUUGUCUAGAUAUUGCACACACUGUUCAUGUGAUUAGUCAAUUUGUCACUGCUCCUACUACAGUUCAGUGGUCUGCUAUUCUUCGUAUUCUCAAGUACCUUCAAGGCACUCAGUUUCAGAGCCUCUUGUUUCCCUCCACGUCUUCUUUAGAGUUGCGUGUUUAUUCUGAUGCUGAUUGGGCUAGUGAUCCUACUGAUCGCAAGUCAACCACUGGAUUAUGUAUUUUCCUUGGUGAUUCACUUAUUUCAUGGAAGAAUAUGGGCGUUUAUCUUCAUCAUCCUACUCCCUUAUAUUGUGACAACCAGAGUGCCAUUCAGAUUGUGCGCAAUUCAUUUUUUCAUUAG